AUGGCUGACGUGGCGAAGAAGACUGUUCUCGUCAUCGGCGGAGGUGCCGUGGGUGCCAUUGCCGCUCUCAAUCUCGACGCCGGCGGUCUUGCAGAAGUCACGAUAGUCCUCCGAUCAAACUACGAAGCCGUGCAAAAGAGCGGCUACGACUUUGAAAGCUGCGAUCACGGCACCGUGAAAUCCUGGAAGCCCAGCGUCGUCCGCAACACCAUCCCCAACAUCACCACCGAAAAUCUCCCACCAUACGACUUCAUCCUCCUCGCCACCAAAAACAUCCCAGACAUCCCCCCAACAGCUACCGACCUAGUCCUCCCUGCCCUUCCCCAGCAAAACACUCACACAACCCUCAUCCUCCUCCAAAACGGCCUCAACAUCCAACUCCCCUUCCUCGCUACCCACCCCACCACCCCCGUACUCUCCGGAGUCUCGCUAAUCGGCAGCGCGGAACUCACCCCGGGUCAAAUCGUGCACGACGAACCCGACCGGCUAUUCAUCGGGGCAUUCGACAAUCCAAAUUUGCGUCCUGAGCAGCUUGAAGAUACGGCGAAGUCGUUUGUCAAGUGUUAUGCUGCAGCCGGCAAGACGAGUUGCGUGUAUAGUCCGGAUGUGUUGAGGGAUCGGUGGAAGAAGUUGGUGUAUAAUGCGUGCUUGAAUCCGAUUUGUGGGAUUGUCGGGGUGGAUAGUGGGAGGGUUAGGUUGGCGAAUGGGGCGCUGGAUGGACUUGUCCGGCCUGCGAUGCGGGAAAUUGUGCUCGCGGCGAAGGUGAGGGCGGGUGUGGAGCUUGAUGCGGAUGUCGUGCAGAAGACGAUUGAGAUGGAUCCGUUGACGAGUUAUUUGAAGCCGAGCAUGCAGCAGGAUUUGGAGAAGGUUAGUAUUUCCGUUUUUCUCCUGGUAGUGUGA